AUGAAAGUUAUCCUCUCUUUAUUAGUCCUUUUGGUCAUUGCCAUCUGCGGAGUCCAAUCUGUUUGCCCACCAAAUACUGAUACCAGAACUUGCAUCUGGUUCAAUAACUUGGCUUGUAAUGAAAACAAACCAUGUCCAAACUAUGGUCAAGAAUGUUGUGCCAACAACUGUGAGUCUUUCUGUUUCCCAUCAUCACCAGUUACCUGUCCACCAAACACUGACACCAGAACUUGCAUUUGGUUCAAUGAUACCGCCUGUAAUGCUAACAAGGCCUGUCCAAAUGGAAAGACCUGUUGUGCCAACAACUGUGAGACCUUCUCCGAUUGCCCACCGAAUAUCGAUACAAGAUUUUGUUUCUAUUUCGACCAAUCGGCAUGUAACGCCACCAAUCCAUGUGCACCUGGUCAGGAUUGUUGCUCCGACAACUGUCGAACCUUUUGUUAUCCAGCAUUGCCAACGCCACCAAAAUUCUGUCCUCAACCAUCUUUCGAUCAGCGUUUCUGCCGUUGGUUUGAUGAUCGUGCUUGCAAUCUAUACCGAUCGUGUCCAUUCAAAGAUCAAAUCUGUUGUGCCGAUAAGUGUGUAUCUUACUGCUACCCAUCCCGUCAAAUUCCACCACCACCCAAAUGUCCAGUUAUCAACGAUCCAAGAGUCUGUAUUUGGUUCAAUGAUUUAGCUUGCAAUGCCUAUCGCGCAUGUCCAGCCGGACAAAGUUGUUGUAGAAAUAACUGUGAAUCAUUCUGCUAUGCAGAUCCCAUCAAACCAACACCACCACCAGGACCGAAAUGUCCAGUGAUCCAAGAUGACAGAGUGUGUAUUUGGUUUAAUGAUCUCGCAUGCAAUGCAUCAUUCCCAUGUCAACAGGGUCAAUCGUGUUGUAAGACCAAUUGUGAAUCAUACUGCUAUGGUGGACAGGUCACACCAACUCCAUCACCAACCAACCCACCUUCAAAGUGUCCAGUAAUCGAAAAAGAUCCAAUUUGUAUUUGGUUCAAUGAUAAAGCUUGCAAUGCAUCACAUGCCUGCCCAACAGGUCAAAUCUGUUGUAAGAAGAACUGUGAAUCCUAUUGCCAUGGAACACCACUACCCACCCCAGAAUGCCCAUCGAUAGUCGACAACAGACUCUGUCUCUGGUUUAAUGACCAAGCCUGCAAUGCAUCACAUGCCUGUCCAACCGGUCAGACUUGCUGUAAGACCAAAUGUGAAUCAUACUGCUUCGCAAGACCAAACCCAAAUCCAGAUCCAACUCCAUCACCAACAAAACCAAAACCAACUCCAUUACCAACUCCAAAAUGUCCAAAGAAUACUGAUACUCGUCAAUGUAUUUGGUUAAACACUGCUGCAUGUACAACAAACGAACAGUGUGGUUCAGGUCGUGCAUGUUGUGCUAACAACUGUGAGACUUUCUGUUACCCAUCUGUUGGGGGUAUCUAA